AACGGGCGACCUUGACACUAUGGUCCACCUCACCAAUAUUGAGGUAAACGCCAAGAAUCCGGAAUAUACAUUGGAUUAUUCACUGAAAACAGGACACAAAAGGUCACUAAGUGCAUUAAAGGAAUAUCUUAAAACAAACAACGGGACUGACUGGAUGCCAAUAUGGGAGGAAAUCAAAGAUAUCGUCCUUAAAACGAUUAUCAGCGGAGAGUCCGAGAUAAAUGAGGGAGUACAAAUUUACCUGCAGAGCAAAUACAGCGGGCAUGAGCUGUUCGGUUUUGAUAUACUUCUGGACCAGAACUUGAAGCCUUGGGUCCUAGAGGUCAACAUAGCACCUGGGUUAUACCCACACUCCGGUCACUUCCGCCCGGUCAAUGACCCCAUGGCCAAGGACAUGCUGAAUUUGGCCGGGUUCAGAAUUCCUGGUGAUCAGAGUACAGACAAAGAGAAUAGUAACACUAGUGGGUCUGACGUUCCUGACCACUUACUGCUGGACAAACGGUGGUGGUCACAAACGUUGUCUGGCGAAGAGAAAGCAAAACAGAAAUAUUAUUGUGAUAACUACAAGAACGAGACGAUUCUGUCUACUAUCCUGGACAAUUUAACACCGGAUGACAUCCGGGUCCUCGUUGACACAAUAGACGAGAACAGCAGGCGGGGAGGAUUCGACAGGAUCUUCCCAAGAUUAGACACAGACAAAUAUUUCCAGUUUUUUCAAAAGCCGAGGUACCACAAUAUUCUAAUUCACCAGUGGUUAAAACGAUUCCAUAAAAACGAAACUGAGGGCAUAUCUCUAGUGGAAGCUCAUUGUAAAGAUCUAAAGCACCUUGCAGACUAAAGAUGAAACAACGGAUGAGCAACAUCAAUGCUUUAGCUUCUUUGGGGAUUAUCUUAUUGCCGCAGCUCUAGUGGAUCUUGCACUGUUGGUUGUUAAUCUUGACUUAACAUGUGGUUUGAAACUGUGGAAGUAAAGAACAUGAAGAACUAAAGUGCAUAACAAAUAAAUAGCUACAUGGCGCUAAUAAUCAUAACUAAACGUGACUUGAAAGGUAUUAUGAAGCAAAAAAGGGAACAGUAUGUAAUGU